GACCUUUCGGAGGGGAGUGAAACCAGAUCACUCCAUGCCGGGGGAACCUUGGCUCUGUCCAUGUCCGCUUCUCUUUAGUGCAUGCCUUGUCUCCAGAGGUUUACUAGAGGGAUUGAUCGGGACUAGAAGAGGAGAGACUCAUCAUCUAUCUGCUCCAAUGCUCCUGACAGAGGAGUCUGGUCUUUUCUAUUUUCAUAGUUGAGCCAGAUGACCCUUCACGUGUCAGCCCACACUCAGUGCAAAACCAAGGUAAAGUGUCUGUGUUUGAUAGUGUUCCUGAGUCUCUCCUUGACCAUGGGAGACCCUGGUCCGUGCAGACACUCCAUCACCAGAGAUCACCUGCUGACCAUAAGACGCCUGAUAGAUAACCAGUUGCAGAGUGGAUGCUCAAUAACCUACACAUUCAUUGAGCGGAGAAGUUUGAGUAAAUGUUGUUAUGUGAAAGCUGCCCUGCCCUGGAUCUUGGAGCUCCUGACCAGCCACUUCAGAUACACCCAAGGCUCCGACAACCACAGCUACGUCCUGUCUCUGACCGGUCUCAUCCACAACAUCUACUCUCAGAGAUGUGUACCACAGAUCAACGAGGAGCUGGAGGAUGACCCAGUGAGCUUUGGGAUGUCAUUCAGCAGUUCCCCAUCAGAGGCCCUGGGGAGGGUCCAGGAUGUCCUGUCUGAGUACUGGGAGCUYGUGACCACCAGGGACUCCCCAGUAGACUGGAACUGUGAGAGGGAGUACAGAGACACAGAAGAGCCCCCCACAGCCCUCCCUACAGCUURCUCUCUGACUACAGUCAGCACUUUUUGGGACUCAGAGAKAGCCCCUCAGACUGGUCUAGACGGAGACCAAGMUGGAGACCUGAAGUUUGAUUUCAUGGUCAUAACUCCAUCAGUCUGUGGAGGAAUGAUGUUCAUGUUCACUCUGUAUUGCCUCGUCAAACACAAGAUGUUCCACAGUACUUAUCAUCACACAUCACAAGUGUACCAAAACUCAAGGUAAAGUAUCACACAGUAUCCAGAGUAAUCGAAACAAUGCAAAAUGAUGACAAACAACACAUAUAUGUGACUUCUAAUUCAAAGUUGUACUUAUAGUUUGKAUACAGAUAUUCAGGACAUUGAGAUGCAGGUGCAAAAAAAGUGAGUAUUAUUUUCAGUCUGUCUAUCAUCUGUCAGUCUGUCCAUGUACAGUAUCUACUGAAUACUGAAUACUCUUCUCUGCCAGAAUGCCAUAAAAUGCAGAUUGCUACAGAUGGAGGAGCAUCUGGAGAUGAGGAUUUACAUGAAGCACUCAUCUUUGAUACACACAGUCCAAUAGUGUUACACAUUCCAUAGACAGUCUUUUUUCUGGCCUGCAGGCACCAUAAGCACUAUCAAUGGAUUUUAAUGGACCUUCUCUUUUUGAGAAGUCUAUGCAAGUAGGCUAUUCAAGUAGGGAAUAUUGCGUGUGUAUACAGUACAUUCAGAAAGUAUUCAGACCCCUUGACUUACUCAUUUUUAAGUUACAGCCUUAUUCUAAAA